CCAAGACGGCCCAACAGGAGAGCUCUGCUUUCUCUCACCGCCUGUCUUCCCCCGCGCGCGAUGGCGGCGACUCCGGCGAGCGGCGGCGGCGGCGCGUACUCGUGCGAGACGGCGGAGCGGACCCGCGAGUGGAUGGAGGCCCUGGCCGACUUCCUCCGCCGCCACCGCCCGCUCCUCGAGGCCCACGUCGUCAACUUUUUCAAGGGCAGGUUGUGGGAGCUAGUGGACGCCGAGUGGAUGGAGUGCCUCCGGCGGGAGCCCGUCGAGAGCUUGCUCAAGCUGCCAUCCGGAUGCGUCCAGGAGCACUGGCCUGCUACACUGCGAGAGUUUGUGCUUACUGCUAGGUCGCUUGUCAUUCCACGGGAGCAGAAGGCUCCGCAAUCGCUUGUAUCUGAUAUUCAUGUAGCCCCAAUUGGCACUGUUCUUGCUCAAGGCAUGAACUCAAAGAAGAAGCAUGAAAUUGAAAAUCUAGCUGCAGUGGUUCAUGCAAUUGCAAAGAGGUGUGGAGCCAAGACAGUGAUUGAUGUAGGUUCUGGCCAGGGUUAUCUGGCACAGUCUUUGUCUUUUGAGUACCAACUCCCUGUUGUAGCGAUAGAUGCUUCAUCACACCAUGCAUCAGUUACAAUGGCCCGUGCAGAGAGAAUAAAGAAGCACUAUGCUGCUAAAUGUGUGGAGAAGCAACUGCUCAUGGUACCUAGGACUGUCACCUGUCAUGUUCUUUCUAGUGACACAUUGGCAGCAGUCACGUUAGAUGCAUGUAAGGAUGACCAUGGAGGUGAACAUGUGAGAGAAACUAAGGCAUCUACUAAGAAAAUCACUCAAAUCCAGGAACUAACUCAGGGCAGCCCUCCAUUAAUCCUAGCUGGUCUUCAUGCAUGUGGUGAUCUUUCAGUUAACAUGCUAAGGUUGUUGUUUGCGAAAGUUUUUGUGUCCUGCGAACAAGUAAAAGCAUUGGUAAGUGUUGGCUGCUGUUACAACUUGCUUUCUGAGGAUUCUAAUGAGGACACAGACACCUGCCCUGGUUUUCCUAUGAGCAAGGCUGCCAAACUGUCUGAAUUGGUGCUUGGGAAAAGCAUCCGUGACCUUGCUUGUCAGAGCGCAGAGAGAUGGAGAAAUCUUACCAUGGACAUCGCACUGCAAAAUUUUGAUGUACAUGCCUUCCGAGCUGCAUUUCAAAUGGUACUUGAGAAAUAUUUUCCAGAAGUCUCAAGGUUGAGUCCAUCAAUUGGAAGGCAAGGAAAAGCUCUUCGACGUCAGAGGCUUCGGAAAGUUGUGGAAUCACAAAUGACUACAGAGAAAACUGAUAAUUUCUCCUCUUCAACUUUAAAGGAACAAAACAAGAACACAAAUGAUGUUGAUUCAGUCAUACAUGGAGUUGACACAGGGCCAGAUGACAUCCAUCAUAAUGCAUGUCAAAAGUUCACCCUAUUCAAAGAUUUCACAUUAUCUGGAUUAGGUCGCCUUGGCUGUGGCUCAGUGGAAGACUCACGUCUUCUUGAAAUAUGGAAGGACGUGCAACCCUUCUCUGAAUAUAUAGGUCCCUUUUGGUGCCUUCGAGCUGCUUUGGGUCCACUGGUGGAAACAUAUAUUUUACUUGAUCGGUUAUUGUAUCUUCAAGAGCGAAGCAACCUAGUUGAAGCGAUGCUGUUUCCUCUGUUUGAUCCUACCAUUUCUCCAAGAAACAUGGCCGUAAUUGCUUGGAAGUUAUCUGCAAAUUCUUCAGAAGCAUGACAUGGUAAAUCUUCUGAUGCCAGGAUAUGCAGUUGAUGGGAUGGUGUGUUGGUACGAAACUAUCAGCCAGACUAUUGUCUUAUGGCAGAACUUGUUUGUUCAUUAGAUUUAGACACAGUUAUUGUACUUGCUGUCCUCCCGUAUAAAAAAACCCACUGAAGAUACUCUUAUCUUUGAAAUUGUGAGGGCAAUGCAUUUCCCUUUCAAAUCACCUGGUACAUGUCUUACUUACCCCCUGAGCUUGUCUAUAUAUACUUCAUCCGCUUCUUUGCUGCAACCUAGCUUCUCCCAAAGUAUAUUUUGCUGCUUGUGUGAUGUUCAGAUCUUGCAAGAAUGUGGCAGGCUAUGUAGCCUACUUGAGACUUUCAGUAUUUCUGCACAGGUAAGAAAGAAAAACUCAAGUAGACAAGAUCUUGCAAAUCUAGUUGCAGGAAUGUGCAAGAUAUUGCCCUCGAAGAGUGUGCCUUUAUCCACUAAAUUCUAGGUCAACAAUCUAUAUCGAUUCCAUGUCCUUUAGUGCUUGCUUGUUUUUCUGAAGUGAUCAUGAAACAAGUUGCUAUGGAACAUUAUCUCUCCUGCAAUAUGUGUAUACAUGCAAAAACUUGUGACAUUAUCACUCAUUAUUGUUACUGCUUGCUAGUUACUCCCUCCAGUUCCAUAAUUCUUUGUCAUUUUGGGCAGCGACAAUGUCUCCAAAACUUAGCUUUGACUAUAAUUUUCUAUUACUAGAUACAAGAUCAACAAAUAUAUAUAAUUUCAUUGAGGUACUUUUAAGACUAAUCUGUACAUGUGUCUUGGUGCCUUCAAACUAAGUAUUUGAGAAGUCAUUGAUAGUCAAAGUUUUAAAAGUUUAACCUGAACCUUGUCCAAACAACAAUAAUUAUGGAACCGGAGGGAGUAAUAGGUAUAUGUAGAGUGGAAUGAUCUUUACUUCCAUAUUAUCCACCUGAAAGAAAAAUGACAUUCAGACAAUAGAAACAAGAGAGGAUUUUUAUUCAGGUACUCCUAGGAUUUUGCCUGUCUUGCGUAUCCUGGUGCAACUGGUAAAGUUAUGUCUAAUCACAAUAACAGUGAUUUGGAGUCAGUUGAGCAGGGUUGGCAGAGAGGGACAAGUGAUCGUUUGAACAAUGAUCUCUGAUGUGACACCACCAAUAUGGGUAGGCUGAAAGACGACUAGCAGAAGAAGCUGACUUGCAUUUUAUUGAACAUGUGCUGCCCACGUGGUUCCAUCAGUAUGUGUGUGGUUUCAGGCUUGACAGCUUAAAGAAAGAGUUUGGUGAAUUGGUACCCCCGCAAAACCUUUCAGAUAUAAUUCUCCAUGUUGACCAGUCAUUUAAUCGGGCUUAUUCAACACUCGUGGUUUGAUAGUUCAGAGGAAGGUGAUGCAAUCAGCAGAGGUACUAGGUGUAAACAGGUGUAUUCAAAAUAAUUCUUGGGCCACUGGUAGAUGGAUAAGAUCUGUACUGAGCGUGCUCUCAUCAUGGUAGCUCAUGAGCAACAAGCUGCCAUUUGUUGGAUGAGAUUUUACAAUGGAGUUUUACUGACCGAAGCUAUAUCCUUGCAUUGGCUUUCUAUCAAUCCUGUUACGUUCAUCCUUUUUGGCUGUAUCACCAUGCAAUAAUUGGCUGCUUUUACUUCCAUGUGUCAAAUAAACUUUUCCUUACCUGGAUUGUAUGUGAUCUUGAAGGCGAGAGAGCUAUGGAAUCUACCCUCUUCUUUUGUCCUUGUUUUGCAGAAUUUGCCCAGCCGUUGUCAUGAGAACGACGGUGCCUGUACUUCCGAUGACGGAUCAGCGUCAAGGUGGACACUCAGAGCCGUCACAGCCCUUCCGUCCUCAAACCCUUAUCCAUAUCUGCACACCCGGAGGCGUGCGGUGAAGCCAUCGGUCAAUUCCAGCUGCUUUUCACCGAUGCAGCCAGCAGUGGCGGAGAGAGGUAAUGAAUGGCACACAGCUCUUGACCUGGAAGCUCCCAGCCUCGUGCUGGGCCACGGUGGCGCGAUGGACUGAUGGUAGCCAGCCAAUAUCUCAUGGAAAUAUGUGCCGAAAAGGAUUUUCACUGCCUUUUGGGGAUUGCUUGACUUCGUCCAAGACGACCGAACGUGGAGAGGAUGAGCUUUCGAAGGAGCCACGGCCGCACUCACUUGCUGCAAAGUGUUGUGGGUUAGGUUGGUUGUGAGUGGCUUUGAUCAUGGAGCGUGUACUGGUGACUUGACUGGCAGAGGAAUAAUCUCCGAUUCUUGGCACUGGACUGGACACCGGAGAGAAUUGAGAUGUACUACUACUACUUCCCUUCCAUGGGGGGUUCGUCAAUUUCAGACGACCGGCCGGUCCUGUGUGGCUGCAGAAAUUCCAAAGGGGCUGAUUGUGACUGCUUUGUCGCGACGUGAGCCUGGGCGUUGCGUUGGAGAGAGAGAGAGAGAGAGGGAGGGAGUUGGGAGGAAGGAUGGGAUGGCAAGGCGUUUGCUGGAUGGGGUCACGUGAUGCGUCUGCGCAGCGCAACGGCCGGGCCGGUGCCGGUGCCGGUGCCGGUGCCGCCGCGGCGACGGGAUCGCGCGCGCGUGGUUGGUGUGACGGCGCGGCGCGCCGCGCGCGUGGCCAACCUUGAGCUUAUGCAUCACAUGCAGGCGGCUGGGGACGUGCGUGAGCGUGAUCCCCUCCCCACCCCCACCCCCGGGCGGCUGCGGCUGCGUGCGCUUGCUUCUCACCGAGAAGAAAAUGGCGGCCGGCCCAGGGCAGCUCCGGGCGCGUCACGGCUUCGACGCCCGAUCGGGCAGCCGUUGCGCGUCCGUCGCCACAGCUUGGGGGGCCGCGUGUCGACUUCUCUGCCACGCCACGUGUCUGCGUGAGAGGCGUUGUAUAAGGUCGUAGUCGUCCUAGCACACCCAAAUCUCGAGGGAUUCUACGGGAAAUCCUCCUGUGUCUAGUGUCUACCUGGGUGAUGUUUUAAAAUUCAUCAAAAGAUUUGGGUUAUGUUUUAAACUCGGAUUUUUGAAUUAACAGUUGUUAUAUCUUUGUUACCACGUA